UAACACCGAUACAGUAUUGACCAGUGGUCAAUGUAACAUGUUGGGUCAGCACUGACAAGUUGGGGGACUUAAAGUGGCUAAUUAAUCGCGUGGACGUAGAUCAAGAUCAGGACGAGGACUAUAAAGGACCCGGGAUCGGACGCUGGAGGAUACAUUGUCUUUACAUCCCGCAAUGAUCCAGUACCUCCUCAUCGCAUCCCUGGUUGGCCAAGCCACCGCAAACUAUGCCCUUGGUAAACCAGUCACGACCAGCAGUACAUGGGACACGUUUAACGGCUCCCUCGCCACCGACGGCAACACCGACGGUGACUGGAGUUCCUCGUCCUGCUUCGCUACAAGCAAACUCGACACAGAGCCUUGGUGGAUGGUGGACUUGGAACAGGUCAUCGCCGUCGACAACGUCGUAAUCUACAACAGGGAAGACUGCUGCGGUGAGAGACUCAGGAGGCUGACUGUGACCGUGUACACAGAAAACCCUGACGUCAUCAGUGACGCUGAAGGAACGUUGUGUACGACGUUCAGUGGGCCAGCUGAUGAUGGAGAUGUCGUGAGACUUCAGUGCGAAGGCGACGUUACCGGAAGAUAUGUACGCAUCACUAAGCGUAGGCGUCUAAGGACCAAGGUGGACCUUCUCAGCUUCUGUGAAGUAGAAAUUACAGGAAAAUGUCCUUCGGGAUUUACCACUGUAGAAGACGCCUGCAUGAGGUUUGUUCCGAGCCAGGCAACGUUUGCCGAAGCCGUGACCAGUUGCGAGAGUAUGCAUACCCAUCUCCUGAUGAUUAAGACGGAGAGCCUUGACAAUGCUGUCACAAGUUACAUGCUUGACAACAAACUCAAUGACACCUACUACGUGGGCGCUAUUGACAUAGACGAGACGGGAGAGUUCUACUGGACUGAUGGUUCCGCCGUCGAAGCCCCCUGGAGAAGCAGGAACGCCGGCAUCGCCGGAGCAUUAGAACAGUUCACCAAUGCAGCGUGCGGCUACUUGAACGGAGCCACCGGGGAAUGGCUAUCUAUGUCAUGUAGUGAACCUAGCUUCUUCAUUUGCCAAAGAUCACUUUGA